AUGAAAACCCUUAAUCAGCUUGAAAUACAAGCUGUUUUUCAAGAUGAUAUUAACAUUAGCGAAAGUGAUAUAUCGAAUAUAUCCGAGUUUAAUCACAACAAUGAAAUACAAACUAUAAAUGAAUUGAUUAAGCUUUCUCAGCAAAAGCAAAGAAUCGAAACAAAACCAUCUCGAAGGUUUUUAAAGACUAUUACUCCAGAAAAGCUACAUCCAUGGUACAAUACUUUAAACACAAAAUUAGCAGUUUAUAAAAAUAUGGUAGAAAGAGAAGUCUCUGACUGGAAGGUCUAUCUAGCUGAUAUAUACCAUCCUGAAUGGAAGCUUUCUGACAAUAUGGAAAAAUUAAAUCUAUUUUUUACCUUUGAAGAAUUGGAUCCAACAUCAAAAACACAAAUCACUAUCCAUAGACACAAAAAUAAUAAAAAAUACAAAGAUUUACUAUCUCAGAUUGGGAAAAUUACUGAAAAAGAAGGCCCUCAAAAUGAUCCUUAUUCUUUAGAUAUUUUAGAAAUCGAUAAGGUUCCAAGUGAGCCAAUUGUAAUUUGA